AUGCUUGUCAGACGAACUGGAUCUAGCGACAAGACUGUGAGUCAUUUCUCUGACAAGAUGCAGCCAGAUAGCAUCAGGCACCUUGUUCUGAACCUUCGUUGCUUGUUGCAGAUGCAGGAGGAGGAAACCAGAAGGUUUCUCGUGACCGGCGAUCUGAUCUUCCUAGAGGCGUCAGAUCGAGGGGAAUAUGUGAAAGCUGAUCUUGUAAGCCUUGAGGUCUUGAGUUGUCCAGCUCAAUUUCCCGACUACAAUCCCUCCUCUACCUUCUCUUGCGCAUUCGAGAUAGUCCAACAUGACGACGAUGAGCUUGCGGUAGCUGAGUCAGCCAAGCCUGACCACUUUGAGGACAAAAUGCAGCAGGGAACGCGGCAGAGUGCUCGUCCUGUUUCUCGAUCAGCAACUGCGAUACGGUUUGGCUCGCUGAUCCAACUCAGACAUGCUUCUACCAAGUUCUACCUCUCGCUCAAGACGGACCUCGCAAGCAAGGAGCACAUCGCGAUGAAGGUAGAGCUCGCUCGCAGAAAUGUUCUAUCGAGUUGGAGGAUUCUUCCCGCCAUGGGGACCAAAGUAGAGGGGGAGCUGGUAUGCAAUCAGGACAUGAUCAUCUUGGAGAACGUGGAGUACAACUCCAUGUUCCUCAAUGUCUCUCUUGACGCCGUUGAGAGCUCGGAUCAGGACGGUUUCACUGCCCCCGAAGGGCCCGAACUGUUCGGUGCCAAUACUCUGUCAGUGUUUCAGGUCAAGGUGGUGAGAGGAAUGAACGUAAGCGCUUCUCAUGACGCAGAGAAGGAGCUGAUGUUCGAGGUGAACGUGAAGAAUGUGAGGGGGCUGGACUGCGUGUACUUUUACCGGAGAAGAGACAAGAUGCUGUUGAUCGGCGACGAGUCAGCUAAGAGCGCGAGGUGGAGGAAGCAGCAGGAAGGAGCUCCCUCCGCCUCCGGUGAAGUCUGCAUCUCUGCGAUCUGGCGCAUCGUCCCGUAUAACCUGAUGGGAUGUGCUGAAGACGUGGAGGAGCCGACGGGGUUUCUGCUCCACCAUGUUCAGAGCGAUAUGCUGCUAGGGGCGAAUGGGGACAAGCUCGUCCUGACCAAGAAGCUCAAGGACUUCGAGAUUAUCUGGAGGCUGAGGGGAGCAGUGGAGCAGAGGAGGAGGAGGAGCGGAAGUAGAGUAGCAGAUGGAGGCUUGAGCUGGCUUCUCCUCAAGAGGGAAGACAACCUAGAGGUGAGCUGGUUGUCCUUGAAGCGACUGGAUGUGUUCAGAAGGAAGACAACGUUUGCUCUCCAUCAAGCCUUGUUACGACGACACGAGGCUCCAGACAUCAACGACCUCGCCAUCAUUGAGGUGGUGCCGCAUCACCAGUGCCUUGUAGCGGAUACCUUGGUGUCCUACCAGCGCAAGUUGGAGGUCACGGUGAAGCAUCUGCAGCGACUGCGGGGCAUGGACGAGAGCGUCUUCCGUGGCGCCAGGGACUCGCCGACCUUCUUGCGGCAUCUGCGGCGACUCAUGGAGGCUCUCGAUCUUCAUCUCGGUCAACACGCCCACCUGUCAAACCACGUCAGCAACGACCUCUUGCAGAAGCAGAGGAUCUGUGACGAUCUCGGUCUCCUCCAGCUGAUAUGCCAGCUGCUUGAUGCCAUUCUGUCGAACUUGAACUUUCCCUUGGAGCAACUCCGCACAAACUCGCCUGCGUUACACGCAGCCGCUCGGAACUUGUACCUUCAGCUGGGCGUGUUGUGCCACAAGAACGCCACGAACCAGGAGAGGGUAGCGGAGUUUGCGCCGAUGAUGCUGGAUCACUUUCCAGGGAGAGUCGGAUCGCUGCUCCUAUUCCUCAACGUGUGCAACCGAUCCAACAAAUCGCUCAAGCUGCUGGGUCAGGAGAUGAUCUAUAAGCUCCUGCCCGACCUCAUCCUCAAGCGCGACGACUCGAUCCUGACGUUCCUCUCAAGCUUGUGCAAGUCUGACGACCUUCCCGUGGUGCAGAACCAGAACAACGUGAUGAAUCUGCUGCUGCAGGAUGAGAAAAUUUUCUGCGAUAUGUUCGUCACUGACUCCGACCUCAUCCUCUUCGACCGGGUCGGCAACCUCUCAGUAUCAGUGCUCCUCACGUGCAGCCAGCAUAACAUCGUCGAUCUUUCUUCAGUCAGCAAGCAGGCGCGGGAGGUGCCAGGCGUCAGGCUGAUGCUCUUUCAGCUUGCGAUGAUGAAGCUUCUCGACAACGUGUGCUUCGGCUCCAACUCUAUCUCCAUCCGCAAACUCCGAGCUCUUCCCCAUCAGCUGGGCUUCUCCUUCUCUCAGCUCGUUGAGCUGCUGAACAACCAGAGGCUGCCAAAGUCGCUGCGGUCGCACGCGUGCUCCCUCCUGCUCGCCCUGCACGUCGACCCUGACCCGCAGCUCUUCGAUCGCUCGCAGAGGAUGACCCAGACUUGGCCCCCGCCAUGUGAGGCCAGCAGAAGGCCAGCAAGGGCCAGUGGACCCUUAUACGAGCUGAGAAAAUGCUGUUUGCGGGAGCUGGAGGCGGCGUCGAGCUCGAGGGAGAGCAUCGAAGGAGACGCAGACUUGAUGUUCCUCUCCUCCAUCAUGGAUGCCGCCAGCCGCCUCCUCCACCUGGGAGAGUUCAGCGAUCGAGAGCAGGAGAGCUGGCGGGGCAGCCCCUCCUUCCCCGAGCUCUCCGCGCUCUGUGCUGCUGUAUUUCACCUCCUCCGCUUCCUCAGUGACGAGAAACUGCACGGGGUCAGAGCAGCAAGCCAAGACAAGAAGUCCGAUAUCGCCGGAAGAACGUCAGACAAUUCAAAAAUUAAGGACAAGGAAAAGAAGGCAAAAAGGGAGAAGGAGAAGGAGAAGGAGAAGGAGAAGGAGAAGGCCAAGGAGAGCAAGGUUGAAACGAAAAGGGAGAUGAAGACACAAGCGAGAUUGUUCGAAUUGAUCCUCAAGAUCGUGGAUUUCUUUCAAGAUGCUCUCCGAAUUGACCUCAGGUUCAAGACUGAGGCCAUGGUCAACUUCUGGCACAAGUCGCUUUUUGAUCGCUUCCAGUGCUCGACGUUGGAGGAGCUCGUGGAGAAGAGUAGGGCGUCAGCUGAGAGGAGGGAGAAACUGGGGAAGAUGGAUGCAGCAGAAAUACAUGAAGUGGUUGAGAGCAAGACAGAAGAAGAGGAGGAGAUGACGUCAACAAAGCGAGAGGAGGAAGAGGGAGAUAAUCGCUUGACGAUAGAGGACUACCUGUCGGAUCACCAGCUCUGGUCCCAGUUGAACCCAUGGGAGGAGGAGGAGGAGACGGCUGGCUUUCUGUCAGAGAUGAAGACCAACUCGCUGCUGUUGCAUGAGCUCUCAUGGACCAAGAUCGACUGGAUCUCGUCUCACGAGGAGAGCCCUUUCCUCUCCACCGUCUUCUCUCUCCUCACCUGCGCCAACCUAGAGGUUGUCGACAAGACUCUCUCGCUCAUCCUGGCAGUCAACCACCAGCCCUCGAGCCUCAUGCUCGCCCUCAAGCGCCUCAACCUCGUGGCUAGAGACGAUCUCAAGUCCUCCUUCUUCGAGCUCCACAAGAUCGCCAGGAGCAUCAGCCGACUCACUUUCUUCCUUGAGACUGCCAUGAUGGACUGGGAGCUGAAGGAGGUGCAAGACGCCAUGCUCGAGCUCGCGUCCCUCACCCGCCAGCUCGUCCAGCUCCUGACCUCCCUCAGCGACGCUCACCAGCUGGAUUCCAACAUGUACCAGGAGGCUCAGAGGAUUCUCUGUGAGCUACGGGUGGAGAGGAGCUUUGUCAUGCUGCUCAAGCUGCUGUGGCCGUCGUUCCGAGGAGGGAGGAGGGAGGAGGCCGACCUGAUCAGCACCGUCAUGGACCUGCUGGGCAUGAUGUGCCGCUCCAACCAGCAGCUUCAGAGUUUCCUCCUCUGCCACAUCAGCAUCUUCUGGAGCUUCUUCGGCGUGCGAUGCCCAGCAGCCGCCCAGCUACUUCCGCGGGUGGCGGAGGGGAACUUUGGGAUCAUGGAGAGGAGCAGCAGGGAGUGGGUGGAGCGAGUGGACCAGAUGUUUAUCCAUGAGAACGUGGCGCAUUGCUGCCUGCUGCUCAAGAGGAUUUGCAAACUGAAUGACGAGCCCUUCCUCGAGAACGUUUUCCGUAUCGCCAACCUCCUGCAGAGAAAGUUCGAGCUUGUCAGAGUGAUCCUCUCCUCCUUCACAGCCAGGACGGUAUGGGGCAGCAGGAACGGGAAGAAGGAGAAAGAAGGAAAGGAGGAGGAGGAGGAGGAGGCAGCAACAGCUCUCUGCGAUCUGUUUGCGACCAUCAGCGAUUGUGUUCAGAUGCAAUGGAUGUUCGAUAUGAAGAAACUCCUGCCGUGGAGUUUUAUCAUGCGCGGGCUGAAGGAGGGAAGAGAGGAGGAGCUGAACAGGAGCGAGGAAUGGGUUAGCGAGGGGGAAGAGGAAAUGACGGAGUUGAAGAAUAAUGGUGGUAUGAACGGCAAGAAGGGGAGAGAGGAGGUAGAGGAGGUAGAGGUGAACGGGGGUACCAACGGGGGUAUGAAUGGAGGUACAAACGGGAAGAAGGAGGAGAAGGAGGAGAGGAAGGGGAGGGAGGAGAUGAAUGCAAGGAAUAUGCUGCUUGCGCGGUUGAUGAAGGCAAUUUACAUGAAGAAGGAAAUUCAGACUCGAGACACAAUCUCCCAUGCUGAGACAUCAAUGACGGAGAGUUGGACCUGCAAAGAUACAGAAAGCUUGGAAGUUGUCGAUGCGAUCAUGAAGAUAGUGAAGAGGCUGCAAGCAAAGUUCUUGACUCAGUCUUGGAGGAUGAUGGGAGAAGGUGAGAUUGUGGACCAGGUUGACUGUCUGUUCGAAACGCUAGUCCCUCUACUCUCCUUGUGUUUCUCUCAUUACUCAGUCGUGUCGGUCGCCGACUUGGUGGAGGGGCUGGUGGUGAGGGCGGAGGCUGUGCUGCAAGCCAUCAGGGAGAUAAAGAGGGCGGGAUGGUACGGCAGGAUUGACAUCCACAGCUCGCAGCGAGUCGUUGAGAGGAGGCGACAGCUCGUUGACGCGUGCGAGAAGCGCGUCAAACUCUUCCUCGAAGCUGCUGGACGUGAUGAGCCGCAGGCCGUCGAGACGGUCGAGACUUGCCAAGCAGACGAGAGCAGAACCUGUUCAGAUCAUUACAACGUCGCCCAGCUCAGCCUCCGCGCCAGCUGGAGAGCUUUCAGCAUGACGUUUGUCAAGCUGGUGGACAGGGAGCUCGAGAGCCUCAACCUCUCCGCCCUCAUCGCCUACCACAAGUUUGACUCCAGCACCUCGUCCGCCUCACUUCCUCUAGAGCACUACCUGAUCUCCGUCUGCCGAAGAGCAGAGAAGAAGGAGAGGGAUGGGGAGACAGAGGAGGAAGAAGAAAAACUCCGAGAGAUGUUAGACACUCUCAGAAUGAGCAUGUACCUGGUGAAUGAGAAGAGCGAAGAGGCUCCCCCUCUCCCCUUCCUACGAGAACGAUGCAAGAUCUUCGACAAGGACGAGCUCUUGUCCAAGUGCUACCCCUCGCAUCCUCUUGUCAUCUCUUGGAUUCAGAACAAGCUCGACGCCUGCGGCCUUAUCACCUCCUGCCUGCUGCUCAUCCCCAAGGGAGGGCUCGACGUGCAGACAUCAGCUGUAAAGAUUCUCCUCCUCCUCCUCCACAACAACAGAAGGUGCCAGGAGAGCGUACAUCACUUCCUGCUGCAGGACCGCGAGAACAAGCUCUUGGGCUGCCUGCACGUGCAGCUCAGGUCGACGAUCUCGCUGGUGGAGGGCUACAAGUCCCUGCUUGACAGCGCCAUGAAGCAGUCCAAGGUCAAAGUCUUCAGCAGGACCUGCCGGCAGGCAACGCUCUUUGCUCGCCUGCUGCACAUGCUCUGUGUGGGCCCGAUGGUGCAGAUGCAGCUCAUCAUGUGCGAGCAAGCGCAUGCCGAGCAGUCUGUCGACCUGCUGCAGGACUGCGUUGACCUGCUGGAAGCAGCUCAGCCGUUCCUCGAGGUCAAGCUGGAGAAUCUCGAAGUGGACCUGCACAGUCUGAGCCUCCAGCUGGUGGAGACGAUCUCCGAGAUGGUGAAGGGACCCAACGCGGUCAACUUGAAACUCUUGUGCAGAAGCAACUUCUUCAUCACUUGCAACAGAAUCUUCCUGCUGAAGCUGAUCACUGACGAUGGGGUUUCCUACGACGCGUGUCUGUACGAUCACUACCAACCGCCCGUGAAGUACAAGAAGAAGAAGGCAGAGAAGGAGGAGGAGGAGACGAGGGUGAACCUUCAAGACCUUCACUCGUGUCUUCGCAUCGCAGUCAUCGAGAGCUUGAACGCGAUCCUCGAAACGUCCUGGGAUCUCACUGCAGCUCGAGUGAUGUACAAAUGCUUCGAGUGGGGAAUGAUAGUCGACAACCUGAUCGAGAUCGGUUCACUGCUGAGGUUCGACAGCAAGACUUCCUCCUCUUUCUUCUCCAAGCUCAAGAAGCGAAAGAUGAAGACGACUGGGCUCACGCUCUCCCCCUCCUUCUCCCUCCUCCUCCGCAUGGAGUUGUUCCGCCAGUUCCACUUCCUCACCUACUUCAAAGACCUCGACGUCUCGCAGGAGAGCGUCAAACUCCUCAACCGAUUCGAGCAGGAGGCGCCGCAGACCUUCAAGCACCUCCGCAAGCACACGUCUGAGGUGGAGCUGGAGAGGAAGGAGGGCAGCAGCGGUCAAGUGCGCCUUGAGAGGAUCUUGUUCAUCCUUGACCCGCGGCUGAGGAAGAUGUCGCACAACUCGCACCUCCAGGACAACAUGCUCGAAAUGAUCGGCUCCAUCCCCACCAACGAGCGCUACACCAAGUUCUCUCUGCUCAUGACAGGCCUCCGCUCCUUGAACAACAAGAUCCUCUGGUUUGAGGUCUUCGGCAGCAAGCACAACAUGGAUCAGUUCCUCUACCUCCAGCGCUGGGUCAACAAGUCAACUCUCUUCCUCUCCAUCCUUAUCAGCUGCCUACUCCUCGUCAUCUACGGCAUCCCCAUUGACCCCAACUCGCACGCUGUCCUCGCAGGCGGCAGAUUCUACUCCAGCAAACCUCCAGCUGGCUACAGCGACGCCCCCUACCCCUACGCCCAGCUGACCUCCAACCCGGGGCAGGCGACAACCAUGAGCUACGUCAUCAAGCAGUCCGACCUCUCCCUCAAGUAUCGCCUCCACCUGAGCAGCCGCUGGACCAGCUUGGAGGAGUGGCAGCUGUGGCCCGAGGGCAAGCAAGUGACGUUGAUGCUGUGCUGCCUGCACCUCGCUCUCACUCUCGUGCAAGCUCUGUCCUACCUCGUGCUGGAGUUCCCCGUCGAGUGGAUGUCGUUCUUGGAGGAGGAGAAGAGGAAGCAGAGGAAGAAGAAGAAAGAGCACCAGGAAGAGUCAACGUCCAGUCAGGUCAGCCGUUUCAACGGCCGCAAGUACCUCAUGAGCAUGCCUGCCCUUCCGCGGGUCAAGAAGGAGUCGACAGGAGCAUGGCUACCUCUGCGCAUGCUGAAGCACAGCUACAAGCUGUGGUACGUGACGUUGCUGACGACCAUGUCGCUCCUCGGCGUCAUCUCCUCCCCCUUGUUCCAGGUCUUCUGCAUGCUCGACUACUUCCAGCAGCCAGGAGGCAAGAUGGUCACAAGGUCCAUCGUGGUGGGAGGGCCGGCGCUGCUCCGCUCCUUCGCCGUGGGGCUGAUCUUCCUUGCCGUCUACGGCUUCCUGGGAUACACCUACCUGUCCAAUAUCGCGGUUCAGGCGCGGGAGAGCUGUCACUCGCCCUUCCAGUGCGUGUCAAAGUUCGUCAUCGACUCCUUCGGAGGAGAUCUGAGAACAGUCAUCGGGUCAGGCAGCGCCUGGUCCUUCCCUGCCCUCAUCCUCUACAGCAACUUGUGGGACGCGGCCCGGACUCUCUUCAUCACCUCCUCCAUCAUCUUCUGGUCCUUCCUCCUCCAGCCCGUCGUCACCGGCCAGAUCAUCGACGCCUUCCGCAAGAUCAGGAAGGCGAGGAACUCGACGGCGAGCUACCUCAAGUCCCGCUGCUUCAUCUCGGGGACCGAGGAGUUCAAGUUCCACGACUUUCCCGGAGAGUGGGAGAAGAGGGAGGGAGGCAAGUACGUGUGGAACUACCUCUACCUGUUCCGCAAGCUCCUGAACGAGGAUGACAUGGGCUUCAGCCUGCCCAUCCAAGCUGCUGCAGCUCACCUGCACAACGACAAGAUCGACCUCUUCCCCAACGGCUCGUUCUGGCGCGCAGCGAGGAAGGCAGCGAGCCAGCAGGCCGAGCAGCAGUCGUCUCAGAAGCUACCGGACGAGAAGGAGAUGCGAAGUGAACUCGCUGAGAGGCGAGGAGAGGUGUCCAAGUUUACGGAGAGUGAUGUGCUUGCUGUGAUGUACGUCCUGUGA